UCAAGCCCUUUUUCUUUGUGCUGUUUAUAGCUUCUUUUUCCUUGCAGUGACAGUGCUUCAUCUUCACGCCCCCAGGAAUUUCUGACACCACUUAACGUCUCUCUCUCUGUCUCUGAAAUUCUUUGAGAGAUCAAAGUAGAAAGAAAGGAUGAGUACAGGAACAAGCACUUUUGUAAUCAGAUGGAUUAACUUUCUCACCAUGCUCCUAGCACUAGUUGUCAUAGGUUUUGGGGUAUGGAUGAGCACUCAUCACGACGGCUGUCGAAAAUCUCUCACUCUCCCUGUUCUAGGCCUUGGUGCUUUUGUGUUUCUAGUAUCAAUAAUUGGGUUUUUGGGUGCAUUGAAGAAGAACUCCAUAUUGUUAUGGAUGUAUCUGAUCAUGUUAUGCUUCAUUUUGGUGGCAAUCUUGGUCUUCACAGUCUUGGCGUUUAUCAUAACAAAUAAUGGAUCUGGUAAUAAAGUAGCUGGUCUGAGGUACAAGGAGUAUCAACUUCAAGAUUACAGCUCAUGGUUCCUAAAACAGCUAAACAAUACCCGCAACUGGAAGGAGUUGGAGAGUUGUCUCGUAAAGUCUGAUGAUUGCAAUAACUUGUCCAAAAAGUACAAGACUCUUAAACAAUACAAAUCGGCGAAACUAACCCCCAUUGAGGCUGGUUGUUGUCGACCACCAUCUGAGUGUGGUUAUCCUGCCGUUAAUGCGUCAUACUAUGACCUGAGCUUUCAUCCGAUCAGUUCCAACAAGGACUGCAAACGCUACAAAAAUUCGAAGGCAGUCAAGUGCUAUCAUUGUGAUUCUUGCAAGGCUGGAGUUGCACAAUACAUGAAAACUGAAUGGAGGGUGGUUGCAAUCUUCAACAUGGUUCUGUUUGUUGUCUUGUCGAUAGUCUACUUCGUGGGCUGCUGUGCCAGACGAAAUGCUUCAAGGAGCCAAUCUAAAGUCUGAAAAGGAUCAAUCUUUCUUCAAAAUUAUCUCCCGUGAAGGAAAUUCAAUCUUAUUCUUUAAGAACUUUGAUUCAUAUAUUCACUUGGUUGAUUGUUGGUUUUCAAUUUGUCAACUGAACGAACAGGUGGAUUGAGUGUUUUUGUUUCAAAUGCUGAUCAAAGUUUGUUCCUUGUGGCUUACUAUUUGAAGCAGUGACAAUUAUGUAAAUGAUUUUUAUUUAUUUAUUAUUAUUUUUAUUUUAUGGAAGCAAA